UGCAAAUGUCACUGAAAACUAUUUCAAUUUUGAGGUUAAAACAUUAUUAUUGUAAUUUUAUAUUAUUAUUAAGUUGAAGAUGAAUCUAAUAAGAAGAGGCUUAAAUCUUUUGACUUCAGGAAUUCGAACACAAUGUUAUCAAAUACCAGCUGUAACCCAGCGUGUCUCCCCAGUGGCAGAGGGCGCUGGCUCGUCUCUGGGACUGCUCAGCCGCGCCAUGGCCUCUCUGGCGCAGAUGCAUCGAACAGGACCCCACAAAAAGAACAGGAAGUCCCGGAACCCGCUUAACGGGAAUCCUUUUGCUAAGGGUGUAGUACUAAAGACUUUGAUAAGAAAGCCGAAGAAGCCGAACUCGGCGAACCGCAAGUGCGUGCUGACGCGGCUCUCCAAUGGCAAGGAGAUGAUCGCCUACGUGCCCGGCAUCGGACACAACCUGCAGGAGCACAACAUCGUGCUCGUGCGCGUCGGCAGAGUGAAGGACUGUCCCGGCGUGAAACUGAAGUGUGUGCGCGGAAAGUUCGAUCUCUCGCACGUCGUCAAACAGAAGCAGUAGUGUAAGUGUCAAUAGGAAAUAAUAUUGAGUGUUGCUACAAUAAUUAUAUCAGUUUAGUAUAA